AGGUCACAUAAAAUAAUUUAUGAGCUUUAGAUCUUGUUCAGUGGAUUAUUCUUUAAUUCAAUUAAAAUAACAAGCAACCCCGGCCAAAGGAUUUUAUCCAUGUGUACAUCUUUAAGUAAUCUCAUUUAAAUAAGUAUGCGAUAGUGCCCAGGAUUUGGCUCAGAAGAACAGUGGGAGCAGCCUAAUUAAAAUUAUGUGGUCUGCACUGCAAUCCUUACUAAGCCUCAGGUCUAGCUUGAGGUUUAUUAUUUGAAACUAAACACAGAACUUCAUAGGCUUUUUAACAUUUUUUUAGGGCUUUGGAACAGUUUGUAAGAAGCAGAAGUCAUCCUAAUUACAUAUAAAUAUUUUAAUAUAAUUGUAGAUUCAUCUACAGACCGUCACCAAUGGGCAAGAGCCAGCAGCCCUUACAGUGCAUGGUGUAGCCACAGCCAUGCUUCACUAGAGCCAUCUGGCUUGAGACACUCCUUGUAGUCUGGAUUUAGAGCAGUGAAUGCUCUCCUGAAGAUGUGCCCAUACAUCUCACCCACAGGACCAACCACAGGAGAGCUAAAGCCCUGUUGUCCAGCAUUUCACAGUAAGGUCAGGGCCACUGUGCCCUUCCAUCCCACUCCCUCAGACUCAUGACAACUGGAACAGCUUUACUACUGCGUAACCUCAUAUGCCAAACGUUGCUUGAGAGAGGGCAGAUCUGCACCAAAACCUUGCUGCCAUGGGUGGGGCAGAAUGAGGCUCUGUCCAUAGCAACAACCACAGAAGGAGACACCAAAAUCAUCUCUGAGGAGCCCUUCAGGAUUGGGUCCCACAAGCAAGGUCAGUGAGAGCCUGUGUUUUAUGACUCAGAUCAGAGAUCAGAGCGUAUGUAACUCAACAGCACCCAGAUCUGGGUGGAUACACACGUGCUCAAAGUUGAGGUCAGGCCAGCUUACACAGUAAGGCUGUUCAUGGUCCACAUUUUUCAUGCAGGCAUGUCAAAUAGCCGCAGUCAAGUCCUUUUCUUGGGUCUAUCCACUAAAAGCUAGCAGAAACAGAAUGUAAUGGAUCACCAGAAAAUUUCACCAGCUGACCAAGAUGACCACAUGACUGAUGGUCACAUGAAGAACAAAUUUGCUUCAGUUUUCUGUGCAGUGGUCAAUCGUACACAUUCUAUAGUGUAAUACUCAAUGUAUAUUGAACAGUUAAAUACAAGCACAGUAUUAUGUAUUAUAAUUCUAUAGCAUGACACUUAGCUUUAUGGAAGAGCCUACCUAAACUCAGAUUACAUGCCUAUGAACUCUGACAAAAAAUAAGUACAUAAACCAACCCCAAAGUUGGUAUGUCAUAUGUGGAAAUUACUUUUGUCCACUUGACAUUGUCAAGAAGCCAUUCAAGACAGGCAUCAAAUUUCUAUACAUAUAUUUUCACAGAAUUCCUAGAAGGCAGCUGUUGUUUCAGCUCUGCAGAAAUUCUACAUUUCCCUAAUUUACUUGGAUAACUAAAAUGUUUUGUCAGUUACACACCUUCAAGAGGUUUCUGUUCUAUUAUUUUCAAGAGCUGUAAAAAGCCACCAUAGAAAGACUUUAAAAUUUCAAAUAGCAGCAACAGUCCCAUCUAGAGGAAACGAACUGCUUUUCUACAACUCUUUUUUUUUUUCCUUCCCACACUGGACAAUGCUGGCGGGUUGAGAUUAAACCAGAGAUGGGCUCCAUUUACAAGAUUGCUUAUAUAAAGCGAAGAUAAACACCAGCUGGGUUCAUUUGAAAGAGGACAUCUUGGGAAGAGCUGACAGCACAGCUAUUGGAAUAAGACUGGAAUUAAAAUCUGAAAUACUCAGUCCCUUCCUGUCUCGUAGAUCUUUGCAAGAAAUGGUGACUCUUACUAUAUAUCUGCUUGUCAUCUUGGCGCAAGCUCAUGCAGGGCCUUGCAAUCCAAAUAAAGCAGAUGUAAUUCUGGUCUACUGCUACCCUAAAACCAUCAUUACCAAAAUUCCGGAGUGUCCUUACGGAUGGGAAGUUAAUCAGCUGGCACUUGGAGGCAUUUGCUACAAUGGGAUCCACGAUUCGGGGUAUUACCAAUUCACAAUCCCGGACCUGUCACCUAAAAACAAAUCAUACUGUGGGACACAGUCAGAGUUCAAGAACCCUGUUUAUCACUUCUACAACUCCAUCGUCUCCAAUGACACCUCAGUAAUUGUGAAGAGCCAGCCUGUCAAUUACUCCUUCACCUGCUCGUACAAUGCCAACUACCUGGUGAACCAGGCUGCCUUUGACCAAAGGGUGGCCACCGUUCAUGUGAAGAAUGGAAGCUCCGGCUCAUUUGAAAGUCAAUUGUCCCUCAACUUCUACUCUAAUGCCAAGUUUUCCAGUAUAAAAGAAGCCCCUUUCAUUGUUGAAACAUCAGAAAUUGGUUCUGACAUAUUUGCUGGAGUGGAAGCAAAGGGGUUAAGUGACAGGUUCAAAGUUGUUCUUAACAACUGCUGGGCAACUCCUUCCUCAGAGUAUUUCUAUCAGAUCCACUGGCCUCUGAUCACCAAGGGGUGUGCCACGGACAACUCCAUCCUUGUGCAUGAGAAUGGGAAAACGAGCCGGGCGACGUUCCAGUUCAACGCUUUCCGCUUCCGUAACAUCCCCAAGCUGUCCAAGGUCUGGCUGCACUGCGAGACACAUGUCUGUGACAGCGAGAAGUUCUCAUGCCCGGUGACAUGUGACAAACGAAAACCUCACAUGGAACAAACUGGAGGUGUUUUAGUGGCGGAGAUCUCUGUGCGCACUUCAGGCCAUUUCCUCCUGUCCUGUCAUUAUUUUCUUGAGAGAAGAGGCCAACACCCACCUCACUACAACCUCCUUUCAGGCAAAGGUUUAUCCAGAUUUUACACACUCCCAGAUAUCAUCUUCCACCUACUCUUUGCAAUUGGAUUUUGUGCUGUUUUAUUAUAAAACACAGCCCAACUCUGUUUCUUAACUUUUCCCACUCUUGUUUGGACUGGAAUUCUUUAGUAAAGAUGUUUAUUUUACAGAGGAAAAAUGAAAGUCACAAAAAACCUUGUGCAUCAUUUUACCAGAUAAAUAAAACUUUCUGUGAGCUUUCUGUCUCAAAUA